AUGAUGUGUCGUCUGCGACGCCUCCAAGAUCUCUGCCACAGAGCAUAUGACACGAAUCCUCUCACCGCGGUUGUGCUGCUCACCAAGUGAUGUGACGCGAUCGGUUGAUUCGUGCUCGGCCGACCCGUGCGAAGGCCCAUAAACGACAAUGACUACGACAACGACCACGACAAGUGGAGUCCUUUCUCCCACCACAGCUCUCCGGCUGCGCUCCGAGUCCCGCUUUGCUUCCCUUAUCGCCGCCGCCGCCGCCGCCCCCGCCCGAUCCCCCGGCCACCCUCUGCCUCGAUAGACACUUCGUUCCAUGGAGGGUCUCCGCCAUCAGCGAUCCCCCGGCUCUGACCGCUUCCUCGGCCUCUUCUCUCCGCCCCCGCCCGACCAACCCGCCGGGGUCGAGCUCCACGAGUCCGAUGUGCUGUGGACCUCACUCGACCCGGCGCCGUCUCUGCCGGAGACGGCGAAGCCUAGCCCUAGCUCCUUCCUCUCCCGCUCCUCCCGUGGCGCUCCCCGCGGCCUGAGGGACCGGAGCUUCGGAAUCCUCGCCGCCCUACCGGAGGACGACGGGGGCUGCGUCCCCGCCGCUGCUCCCCCUCUCCUCCAGCGGAAGCCAUCAAUUUCCUCCUCCUCCAACUCCCCGUCUUCCUCGACCACCACCGCGGCGCGGAUGAUCCCCGCGAUCCCCAGGGCGAAGCCGGAGUACUCGCUCUCGGUGCCGGUGGGGAAAGUGCACCGACCGCAGUCGCUUCCGAUCAAUGUGCCUGUCGUGCCCCGGAGAACGACAGGGCUCGGGGUGGAGGGCGCCGAUGGGGCAGACGACGGAGGCGGGGACGAGCACGAGAUGAUGAUGCCGCCUCACGAGAUCGUGGCGAGGACUCACGGGAGGGGAUCGAGGAUGACAACCUUCUCGGUGCUGGAAGGGGCAGGGAGGACGCUGAAAGGAAGGGAUCUGCGGCGCGUCCGUGACGCAGUGUUGAGGCAGACGGGAUUUGUGGAUUGAUACGUUGUGUGUGCAGUCUUAGCUUGGAACGAUGCCCAAAUCAAAAUAUUUUUAUUGGAUAUCUUGUUAUGGUCGAUCUAAGUCGGUAUAUUAGCUUAACUACGAGAAUGGUUGCUAUUCGACUUAAUUAAUAUUUUUUCCCUUAAGUUUACUUUUGAUUAAAACAUAAAAAUUAAAAUUUAAUGCACUAUUUCUGAGUUAUACAUUUUGAUAUCAGCAAUUAAUGCAAAUGUAAUCCCGGGUGGACCACGAAGCCAUGUUUUAAGGCAGUGGUUGACUUGCAU